AUGUCAGAAGAUGCAAACGAAGCGACGGCAGGGUCUUUUGAGGGUGAUAGGAAACGUGAAGCACCGAUGAACGAUGUCGAGGACGAGCGUGUUUUCAAGCUCAGGAAGAAGACGGUUGCCAUUGGAUUAGGAGAAUUACAAAAUCCGGGACUUAUUCCUAUCAAGCUACGACGGAACUGCAGCCCGCUUCAUCGAAGAUUACAGGACGCGCUACCUGCCGAUGCGCAGACUCUGGAUGGGAUGGGUGGUGACGCGGUCUAA